AUGCGGCCGAGCACGCGCGAUGAGUUCGAGAUCGCCAUCGUCUGCGCUCUCCCCGUUGAGUGCGACGCGGUCCUCGCGUCAUUCGACGAGACCUUCGACAAAUCGGGCCAAAUCUACGGGAAGCAUCCUGGAGAUGUCAACGUAUAUGCCAAUGGCAGAAUUGGCCUGCACAAUGUAGUAUUGAGCCACAUGCCCGGCAUGGGCAAGGUCAAUGCGGCUGGUGUCGCAUCUCACUUGUGCAUCAGCUUUCCCGGUAUAAAGCUCGCUCUGGUGGUCGGAAUCUGCGGUGGUGUGCCGUUUCCGACUAGCACGGCGUCAAACCGAGCAGAGGUUAUCCUGGGAGAUGUCGUUGUCAGUGAUUGUAUCGUCGAGUAUGACUUUGGACGGCAGUAUCCAGAUGGGUUCCGGCUCAGGGGAAACAUACAAGAUGUGCCGGGGCGACCGAGUCGCCAGAUACGAGCCGUGCUCUCUAGUCUGAAGUUGCGCGAGACACGGAGGGAAUUGGAGAACCGCCUAUCUCACCAUCUGCGGAGUCUUCAGGCGCAGAAUCCCAUAUGGCAGCAUCCCGGAGCAGCACAUGACGUGCUGUUUGAGGCUUCCUAUCGCCAUAGGCACUAUCAAAAUGAUACUACGUGCGUAUGUGCCGACUGUUGGUCAGGUAGUGAUCCCGUGUGUGAAGAGGCCCUUCUGAAAGAUUGUAAGAGUCUUAUGUGUGCAGGAAAUCCGGUCAUUCGCGAACGACACACGAAAUCCGAGUCCACUGCUCCAUGUGUGCAUAUUGGACCGGUGGCGUGUGGCGAUACUGUGAUGAAGUCAGGGGAACACCGUGAUAAGUUGGCAGAAGCAGAAGGAGUGAUUGGGUUCGAGAUGGAAGGCGCCGGAGUCUGGGAUAUUCUCCCGUGUGUGAUCAUCAAGGGCGUUUGUGACUACGCAGAUAGCCAUAAGGAUAAGAGGUGGCAGGCUUAUGCUGCGGCUACUGGGGCAUCUGGUGUCAAGGCAUUCUUGGAGCAUUGGAGACCAAGCCUUGCAAGUGGAAUGCCUGAUAUCGACAAACGAUGCCUCAGUGACCUUCUGUUGACCGAUCCACGAGAUGACAAGCUGCGCAUCGAGAAGACCAGAGGUGGUCUGUUAAGAGAGUCAUUCUCCUGGGUUCUUGAGCACCCUGUCUUUCACCGGUGGCGAUAUGAUGUUCAACACCGAGUACUUUGGAUACGAGGUGAUGCUGGCAAGGGGGAAACGAUGCUGAUGAUCGGCAUUAUCGAUGAGCUGACGAAGCAGGGAGCCCUGUUAAAAGAACCAGAAUUUGCGCUCGUAGUGUCUUACUUUAUAUGCCAAGGUACAGACUCGCGACUCAACAACGCUGCUUCUAUCCUGAGAGGCUUGCUAUAG